AUGUCUUCAUCUUCCCCAACGCUUUCAUGUUUGCCUGCCAUUGCUGUUUCAAAGGAAGAAGGCUUGAUUGCGUUCAGUGUUGGACCUAAUAUUCAUAUCUUUGAUAAGAGCCUGCAAAAGGAAUUGUUGAAUCAUAAAUUGGAAAAGACAAAUGUCAAGUCAAUGCUGUUUGAAGGAAAAUACUUUGUUGUGGCAUCAAGUGAAGAUAAAUCCGUUCUUGUGUUCUUGUUGAAUGAUACCAAUACACAAUUGAAGUGUGUUGGAAAAAUUGAAUUAGUGAAAAAACCUAGUUGUUUGGCUGUUCAUCCAGUUACUAAAGAAUUGUGGAUUGGAGACAAAUUCGGAGAUGUUUAUGCCAUUAAUUUAUUGACCGAAUUUGAUUCCAACAAUGCUUCUCCGAAACUCAUCAAAAAACCUGCUCCUAAAAUGGGUCAUCUUGCAAUGUUGACAGGAUUAAUUCUUAAUGAGAAAUAUGUUGUCACUAGUGACAGAGAUGAAAAAAUCAGAAUUACUAAUUAUCCUGAGUAUUUCUUGGUUCAUAACUUUUGUUUGGGACAUACUGAAAUGGUCUCAUGCAUUUCUCAAGCAGAUGAUGGCUUGUUGGUCAGUGCAAGUACUGACAAUACUCUCAAAGUUUGGAAAUAUUUACUUGACUCUGAUGAUGCUCUCAAGUUCAGUUUCGAUUGUAGCGAAAAUAAUUAUCCAAACGUUUUGCAAUGUAUGACGAUUGGUGGUUUAAAGUUUGUUUUUGUCCUGUAUGAACAAGCCGACUACAUUCAAGUAUUGCAACUCAACACAGAAACAUACGAAUUAGCUCCAAAAUGUACCAUUCCAAUGGGUUGUGAAAUUUUGAAUUUCCUUGUUUAUCAGGUUGAUAACAAGACACAAAUCACUUUAUUCACAGCUUCCUCUCCAAAUGUGCAUGUUGCCGAUCUUAGUGUAAAGGAAUCUGGUGACUUGAGUAUUAACACUGUUCCAUCCCAUGCCAUAACUAUUGAAUCAUUCAAAAAAGAAGAUUUUGUUUCAGAUAGCAUCUAUUCAAGCUUGAUCAGAAAGAUGGAUUCAAAGAAGAAUGAAAACGAAGGAGAAGACAAGCAACCAAAGAAAAAGAAGAAGGAUAAAAAGUAA